AGACCCCCCUUUUAUUAGAUAGUAAAGGUCAUCAUAGUAUCCAUUUUAACAUAAUGUUUUGCAUUGUUAGCUAUAUCAAAUCUAAUUGUCAAACCAAGUCCUCUGGAAAUCCCAGAAUUGAGUUGUUUUUUCAUUUUAUCAAGUUACUCCUCUACAGUCUCUCUUCUUAGCAAAAGAUCUUGCCUCUUAUAUUUUUGGGUCAACAGCUGGACUAGUUCCUCUUCUUGUAAAAUGCCAUCUACAUAUUGGCUCUAACUUUAGGGUUGGUAAUUCUGCUUCUUCCUGAUUGCUCUAAUGAGUACUUGCUGGCAGUUUGCUCCCUUGCACCAUUGUUGUGUGCUCUAAAGUGGGCUGAAAAAUAUAAUUAUACUUGUAUUAGUGUCCUUGCUAACUCCAAAUCUUUGUUUGGAUUAGCUGAAGGGAUGUAGAGAAAUUGCGGCCAGCUUAGCUCCAUGAAUCUUUUUCGAGUGCUUUAUAUUCACUCUUCUUGUGUUUCAUUUUGUUGUAGAAACCAGCUUCUCCAUGCUUUUGCUUUGAGCAAUGUUAUGUAUAAUCUUAUUUCUUAUCUCAUUUUCUCACUCCUAGGCACAAGGCAAUGAGAUCCACAUUCAUAAAUGCAUGUGGGAUACACUCACUUGUGUCUUAGAUUGAGAAAAGGAGGUAAGAAACAGAUAUAUGUAACAUUUUUCAUUUUGCUCGCUUUGCUGCUUCUCCAGAAUCCCCUCAGAUGGAAAGUUUCAUUUUUCCUUUUGAUAAUGGCUGGUAGUAUUGCUAGUACAAGGUCUGUUAGUAUGAUACGAUUAGUAGUAUUUUGAUUUACUUGGCCCUUGAUCUGUGGGAAGCUUGAUUUAUGUAUUAGAUCUGUACUUCUGACUUUUUUGUCUGUCUAUGAAGUGGUCUAUUUUUUGAAAAAAAUUUAGUAAAAAAAAUAAAAAUAAAAUCCAAGUCCUAUAUGAGCACAGGAAUCAGCACCGUCUCUAAUGGAAUCCCUUGCAGACCAAGUAUCCAAUCUUCAUGAAGAUCAGCUGCUGUUUUUUCCAUUUGCCCUACUCCUAUUGAAAUUAAUUAACUAAUUUUUUUUGAGAAAGAAAUUAAAAUCUUUGAACACUACAAAAACUUUAGAGAUUGUAAUCUUAGAUAGUAGAUGGUAAAACAGGCCCGGCUUGAGGUCUGCCGAAGGACUGCCUCCUUCACCAUUUACGAUUCUUCAAAUACACAUGUAAAUAUCUCAUAUUAUUCGAAGACAUGAUUCAAUUCCAAGCUAUCAGAUUGACAUGCUGGUGGGGGCCUUCUGAUGAUUCUUUCUCACUGUUUUUACGUUCGAUUUUGUUCCCCUCAUCAACAAUGGUCCUUGCAACAGGUAAAGAAAGGAAUUGCUUGAAAGUGAGGCCAUCCAAGUUGAAAAAAGAAAUACUAAACCCAAAAAGAUCUUGCGGCUGAUUGAUUUAACAAAGCAAUGUUAACCCUUUUUGUUUUCUAUAGUAUCCAUAUGUCCACAAACAACAACAAUAUUCAGAUUCUUCUUCACAAGUACAAUAUGUAGCAGUGGCCACCCACUUUGAAAACCACCCAGAAAGAACAAAGUCACCGUAAUGAGAACACGAUGGAUGUUCUUUCUUGCCAUUUGCUUCACUUCCUCUUCAUUUGCUUAUACAUUCACUAUUACUAACAAUUGCCCAUUUACAAUCUGGCCUGGGACACUUGCUGGUUCAGGGACUCCGCAACUUUCGACAACAGGGUUUGAGUUGGGCUCGAGCCAAAGUGUCAGCAUUCCGACAAUUCCAGGGUGGUCAGGUCGGAUAUGGGCACGCACAGGCUGCAGUUUUAAUGAGCUAGGGGUGGGUACGUGUCAAACAGGGGACUGCGGUGGCAGGCUCGAAUGCGAUGGCAUGGGAGCUAUACCGCCUGCAUCUCUGUUCGAGAUAACGCUCGGCACUGGCAUUGAGAAAGAUUACUAUGAUGUUAGCAUUGUGGAUGGUUACAAUCUUCCUCUGGUUGCAGCACCACAAGGGGUAUAUGGUGAGUGCAAUGCCACAGGCUGUGUUGCAGACAUCAACAUGGAUUGUCCAAAAGAACUCCAGGUGGUGGGCGAGGAUGGUGGAGGAGAGGAAAUCAGUGGUGGCGGUGGCGGUGGCGGUGGCAGAGUGGUAGCAUGCAAGAGUGCAUGCAAUGCAUUUGGGCUGGACCAAUAUUGCUGCAGUGGGGAGUUUGCAAACCCUAGUACAUGCAGGCCAUCUUUUUAUUCAACCAUUUUCAAGAGAGCAUGUCCCAGAGCUUAUAGCUAUGCCUUUGACGAUGGCACCAGCACUUUCACUUGCAAGGCUUAUGAUUAUUCCAUCAUCUUCUGCCCCCAUGAUCUCAACAACCACCAUGGGACGAAUAGACCAAAUGAUACAAUACCAGCUCCACCAAUAUACCAAGAACAACAGAGUCCACCAAUAUACCAAGAACAACAACAGGGUCAUGGAGAGAUUGCAGACAUGGUUUCUUCCUCAAAAGUUCUUUUACCUGUUUCAUCAAUAUCAAUAAUCCUUAUAGUCCUUUUCUUGAAUUUGUUCUUCUAAAAUACAAUUCUCUGAGAAGAGAGAGGAGAAAAGAGAAGUUCAGAUUUUCACCAUUAUUCACUUUCAUUGUAAUUUACAUAGUUAGGCACCACACCAUUCAAUUUAACAGUGUAAUUUGUUUCUCAA